CUGAUUUCUUUUUUUUUACCCCAAUUUCUCUCACGCUGCCCCUACACCACCCAACUCCACUCCCACUAACACCCAUAACCAAACGCACAUGCACGCUCGUAUACAUUGACAUACGCUCCUACACUUGCGAUCGAGCGCACUUGCAGUCACCCACACUUCUUUCACUAGGGCCUCACACCUUACUCCUAUCUCUUUCAUCGCUCCUGUGAACCCAGUUUUUUCUAACAGUAAGUGUAUCCUGUUCCGGCAAUGAACCCUCUUCCAUGCUUGCAAAAUACGUCUCAGAAACUAUACAUGAAUGCUCUUGAGUACUGUACCAACAGACAUAUUUAUCUCCUCUUAAAGAGCGAUUUAACCGACUAUCACAAAUGUCAGGGACUCUCGUAAAUAGCCUACCCGAGUCGUGGGGCAAAUUAGGCGAGGUUCCGCCUCCUAGCCCUGAGACGCUCGUUGGAAACGGCGCAUUUGGCGAGGUCUACAAGUGGAACAGGCAUGGAACCAUGAUGGCCGUGAAGAGGCUUCGAAUAGGAAACGGGGACAACAGCGUUAUCAAGACGGAAGCAAAGAUUGUAUCUCGGCUCGCACACAGACACAUCAUUCAGUGCUACGGCGUGGAGCUGGAUGACCUCUAUGCCUACAUUAUAACGGACUAUGCUGAAGGCGGCAGUCUCACGAAAGCCAUACCAAGACUGGAUUGGGACAACAAAAUAAGGAUUGCGGCGGAGGCGGCUCAGGGACUGGGGUACCUUCAUAGCAUGGAUAUCAUCCAUAGAGACAUCAAGGGAGACAAUAUUUUGUUGACGAAGCACAACGAGGUCAGGCUAUGCGACUUUGGAAUGGCUAAGGUCAUGGAUUCUGCUGUUUCUGUCUCCAGAUACAGACGAAAAGGGACGGCAGGAUAUAUUGCGCCGGAACUGAUAAGUCGCAGCCCAAAAUACUCGGCCAAGUCCGACGUCUUUGCGCUCGGUAUUGUGAUGAGGGAGAUGCUGGAUCAGAACGCACCUCCGGACUACACGGUGCUUAUGACCCGAUGCAUCGAUGCGGAUCCGAACAACAGGCCUACUACAGACGAGAUCGAGGAUACGUUACAGGUCCCUGGAGUCCACAACAAUGCUGGUGGAGAUAGUGCAGAUGAGACAGCGCAUAGCCUAUCGGCCGACGAUGAAUAUGAUCAGGGACUACGGCAAUACAGUGGGAAUGGGGUCAAGCGCAAUCGUGCAGAGGCCGCAGAGCGCUUCCGGAGGGCAUCGAACAUGGGACACGCAAAGGCCCAGUAUCAGUUGGCAGAGAUGUACCGCACUGGAGAUGGUAUCCUACAGGAUUACACUAAGUCUGUAGAAUGGUACCGGAAGGCCGCUGAUCAAGGAUACGCCCCGGCACAGACUUGUCUUGGGCUUUUAUUUCUUACCGGUAGCAAUGGGGUUUCCCAGGAUUACCGCCUCGCCCGAAAGACACUUAAAACGGCAGCUGACGAUGGAGAUACCAAAGCAUGUACUCACUUGGCUUUUAUGUACCUCUGUGGAUGCGGCGUCUCUCAAAGCAACGACGAAGCCAUAAAAUGGUAUCUCGAGGCUGCCAAACGAGGGGAUGUCGAGGCGCAGUGCUUCCUCGCAGACAUGUAUGUGACGGGUGACCGUGUCGAGCGAGACUAUGAUGAGGCCCACAAAUGGAUUUCGAUGGCUGCCGAACAGGACUAUGCACCUGCACAGUACGAUCUCGGUAUGCUCUAUCUUCAAGGCCAAGGCGUCCCUCAGAGCGACUCUGAGGCAGUGAAAUGGUUUCGCAAGGCCGCCGAUCAAGGGAAGCACGAUGCGCAAUACCGGUUAGGCGAAUUGUAUCUCGAGGGAAGAGGUGUUCGUACGAACAAGUCAAAGGGCAUGACGUUGCUUCGCAGAGCGGCCGACCAGGGCAAUAUUGAUGCUCGCGUUACAUUAGCAUUCCAUGUUUUGCAGCUAUAGCAUAGACUAUGUUGAUUGUCAUUGUUGAAUAUGAAAUAAAUAAGCGGGGCUGGGAGUCUCGUCGGCAAUUCAAUCAGCA